UGCGCCCAUGCAGUGAAAAAAGAGGUCGGGGGGAAUCUCGUCGCUUCGUUCCUGGGCGCUGCCUUCUAACGAUACGUGCCUCGCUGGGGAACCCGCAGGAAACCUGGGAGAUUUCAGCUGCCUGCUGAACCUUGGAACUUUUUUUGACCAUGUUUGCCAAAGCUUUUAGAGUGAAAUCCAACACUGCUAUCAAAGGGUCUGAUAGGCGGAAAUUGCGAAGUGAUGUCGCAGCGACGUUUCCUACCCUCACUCCUGAACAGCUAUCUGAGCUUGUGCCAAAUAAAGAGGAGUUGAAUGUUAUUAAAUUGUAUGCUCACAAGGAAGAGGCUCUCACAGUCUAUGCCAAUAGCAGAAAUCCAAUCCUUUUUGAAAUAGAAAAAGUGCUGUAUCCAACAGUGUACACCUUGUGGUCUUAUCCUAACCUUCUUCCCAUCUUUUCCACGUGGCCACCUGUUCUGCACAAACUAGCAGGAGGAGCAGAUUUAAUGCUUCCAGGGGUUACAGUGUCCCCUAGUGGUCUUCCUCAGGUAGAACAGGGUACUCUCUGUGCUAUUACCUUGGUGGGAAACAGAGCCCCUGUGGCUGUUGGAAUAGCUACGAUGUCCACUGCAGAGAUGGUGGCAGCUGGAAUGAAAGGAAAAGGGUUCACAGUGCUGCAUACGUAUAUGGAUCACUUAUGGGCUUUUGGUGACAAGUCAUGCCCUCCCACAAUAGCCUCCAUAGAAACAGAACCUUCAGAGAUGGUGGGUGCUGAAGAAGAGGAGCAAGAAGAUAAAGAAAAGGAGGAAGUCAGUGUACCCCAAAAUAUCCUCUCUGCUGACCCAUCCUUGCACACAGACUUUGAAAAUCUAAGCACAGAGGAAGCUGUUCAUUGUGCUGAUAUGGGAGAGAAAGAAGAACCCAAUGAAAACAGAGCUGCAGAAAUGAUUAAAGAGGCCAACCCAGAAAAUAGUAGGCAUCUGCAAGAGCAAAUGGAUGUGUUGCUUAAUCAAUGCUUCUUCCAUGCCUUAAAAUGUAAAGUGAAGAAGACAGAGCUCCCUCUGCUGGCCAGCACCUUUCUGCGUAAUUACAUGUUCUCAUGCUGUCCAAAAGGUCAACAACUAGACAUAAAGAAAUCUAGCUACAAAAAGUUCUCCAAAUUCCUGCAGUCAAUGCAGAAGCAGAAGAUCAUCCAGGUGAAAGAGCUGAGUAAGGGGGUGGAGAGCAUUGUGGAUGUCGACUGGCGACAUGAAAGCAUCAGAUCCUUCAUAGUACCUGAAACAGCAGCCUCUGAAUUGCCUGCUGAAAAUAGUAAAGGUGAUGAUGGAGAACAGCCAUACCGCUCUCCAGAAAUCAUACCACUUUAUGGUGUCUCUCCCAAAAUGGCUCCCAUGUUCCAAGACUCUGGAUACAAGAAAGGCGACACCUUGUCCAGCAGUGAAGUGAGAGACGCGGUCAUCAACUUUGUGAAGAUUAAUGAAUUGGUUGAUGAAACAGACAAAAACUUUGUAAAGGUGAAUCCUCUCCUCUGUGACUGCUUGCUGAACAAAUCAGAGCAAGAUGAAAUCGCAAAGCUCCGAUGGGAAGACCUCAUGAGCAGGUGUCUGGACCAACUACAGCCCUUUCAUCAGGUGAUUUAUUUUGGACGUGAACCUAUUGUGAGGAAAGGAAACAUUGCCCCCAUUAAUAUAACCAUAGCGCAGAGAUCGUCCAAUAAAAAGGUAACAAUAAUCAAGAAUCUUGAGCUGUAUGGUCUGGACCCACAGGCUAUUGCCAAUACUCUUCAGCAAAAAGUCCAGGCUGGUGCCACCAUCACUGCUCUCCCAGGAACAAAGGACAGAACUCAGGUCCAGAUACAAGGCAAUCAGAUCCACCAUCUUGCUAAGUUGCUGCUAGAGGACUACCAUAUACCUCGCAAAUACAUCCAGGGCCUUGGAAAGGCACCAAAGAUGGGCCGAAAGAAGUAGCUAUGGCUGAAGAUCAAAUUCAGAGCUCUGUAUGAAUCUUUUAUUCAAUGGGAAUGAGUAAUCCAAUUGCCUUAGCUAUAUGGUGGUUUUUAUUUAAAAGAUAAAAUAAAAAAUCCUUUUUGCA